CAGGGCAGAUACCUGGGCAGCCAGGCUUAGCAGUAGUGUUGGAGAAGAAGCUAGCAGGCAGGCAGCAGAGACAUGGAGCUGGCCUCAGCACAUCUCCACAAAGGGCAGGUUCCCUGGGUUGGACUACUGCUCACAGCCUCACUUUUAACUUACUGGAGCCCUGCCACUACUGCCCAAGUCACCGUUGAGGCUGUGCCGCCCAACGUUACUGCAGACAACAAUGUUCUUCUACUUGUUCACAAUCUGCCGCAGACGCUCCGAGUCUUUUACUGGUACAAGGGAAACAGUGGGGCUGGACACAAUGAAAUUGGACGAUUUGUAACAUCCAUUAAUAGGAGUAAAAUGGGGCUUGCACACAGCGGCAGAGAGACAAUAUAUAGCAAUGGAUCCCUGUUCUUCCAAAGUGUCACCAAGAAUGAUGAGGGAGUCUACACAUUAUAUAUGCUAGAUCAAAACUUUGAAAUUACUCCGAUUUCUGUGCGAUUUCAUGUACACCCCUCACUUUUACCCUCCUUGAGCCCUCCCACCACUGGCCAAGUCACCGUUGAGGCUGUGCGGCCCAACGUUGCCGAAGGGGAAAACGUUCUUCUACUUGUUCACAAUCUGCCACGGACGCUCCGAGCAAUUUACUGGUACAGGGGAACCACUGCGGGUGAAAGAAAUGAAAUUGCACGAUUUAUAACAGCCUCCAAUAAGAUUAUAUUGGGGCCUGCACACAGCGACAGAGAGAUCAUAUACAACAAUGGAUCCCUGUUCUUCCAAGGUGUCACCAAGAAUGAUGAGGGAGCCUACGCACUAGAUAUGCUAUUUCAAAACUUCGAUCAUACCCUAAUGCCUGUGCAAUUUAAUGUUCACGCUAAAAAGCAGUAGGAAUUUUUUUUCCAGCCCCCUUGCAUUUAAUUCUUCUUUCAUUGCUCUUUCUAACUGGAACCGAACUCUGGGAAAGAGGGCUGAUGCUCACUAGUGAACCCCAGGGAUUUCAUCAGCUGACGGUGCCUUGCUUCACCUCCUUCCACCAGCAAUAAAGUCCGCAUAACUUCUGCAAACAAA